AUGAACUCAACAACCCCACCAGCAAAACCAUGAGGAGGAGGGGCCCCACAGACCCAUUAUUGAGAUCAGCUCUAGUAAACGUGACCAGCCCACGUUCUAUGGUCUUAUAUAAAUGGGAAUCACUCUUUUUUCACACACUCAACCAAACUUUUCCUUGGAAACAUCUCUGAGAAAAGGAAAGAGAAAAUGGGUUCAAAGGCUUUUCUUCUUCUUUGCAUUUCUUUGGCUGUUUUUCUCCUGAUUGGUUCUGAGGUUACGGCCAGGGAAUUGGCUGAGACUACUACUCAAGCUUCAUUUGGCACGGAAAGCUAUGGCCAUCAUUGGGGACAUAAAGGUGGUCACAACAGUGGGCAUUGGGGUGGACAUAAAGGUGGUCACAAUGGUGGGCAUUGGGGUGGCCACGGAGGUGGCGGUCAUGGCCAACACCACCGCAAGCCCGGUCCGGGUGGAAGCUGCGGCAAUGCUGGUUGCUGUGGUGGCGCGAAUAGUCACGGAGUGUGCAAAUGGUGUUGCGCGGCCAAGGGGGAGACCGCCGAGCCUUAAGCCAGCCAGCCACAACUAAAUCCAUGGUGUGUGUAGUGUUUUCAUGUACUCGAUCUACUCAUCUUGAUUCUGAGCUGUAUGUGGGGGGUUUUAAAGUAUUGGAAAUGGGCAAAUCUGGAAUAAAAAUGUAGUGUAAAUCAUGUUGUGGUUACUUUUUCUGCAAUGUGUUUGUGUUAAAUAAAAGUAGUUGAAGGGUCUCUUUUGUUUUGGGUGGUUGUCAAGGGUCUUAAUCCCACAUGGCAUGCCUAAAUUUAGUUGACUUUGAAGUCAAAUUGACUCCAAAGUCGACUAAAUUUAAGGGGUGCAAUUGAAGAGG